AUGGACGAAAAUCUCAAUCGACGUAAACUCAUGACGCCUUCUCGGAGCCGCACGGUCCACCAAGAGCGGGUGGAACUAAGCGGCCGUAGUAAAAGGAGCUCCAAGAGGAGCCACGGUUUAGAUCGAAUUCAGGAAUUAGAGCACGAACUACAGGAAGAACGUGAUCAGUUGCGGUAUCACGACCGCAGUGACCGACGGACAUCCAGAUGUCAGUCUGGCUCACCGUUAGUUCAUAAUGGUCAUAGCAGGGAUCGACGAAGUAGAAGCCUACAACGAGAGAGCCGACCUCGCCAAGCCGGCAAUGACAUCAAACGGGACACCACUAAACGUCCGACGAACAGGUCACGUAGUCCUUCUUUUUCUACCCAAGAUGUUGUUAAGAUAAUUCAAUCUUUUUAG